AUGUCAGUGUUACUGAGGGCGUACUACUGUAACAUGAAGUCCGAGUCGGCGGCCGCUUGCGCAGGUCGCGGCGGGCGAGCGAGCGUGCGCCGAGCGUGUACGCCGAGCGCCGCCGAGCGUGUACGCCGAGCGCCGCCGAGCGUGUACGCCGAGCGCCGCCGAGCGUGUACGCCGAGCGCCGCCGAGCGUGUACGCCGAGCGCCGCCGAGCGUGUACGCCGAGCGCCGCCGAGCGUGUACGCCGAGCGCCGCCGAGCGUGUACGCCGAGCGCCGCCGAGCGUGUACGCCGAGCGCCGCCGAGCGUGUACGCCGAGCGCCGCCGAGCGUGUACGCCGAGCGCCGCCGAGCGUGUACGCCGAGCGCCGCCGAGCGUGUACGCCGAGCGCCGCCGAGCGUGUACGCCGAGCGCCGCCGAGCGUGUACGCCGAGCGCCGCCGAGCGUGUACGCCGAGCGCCGCCGAGCGUGUACGCCGAGCGCCGCCGAGCGUGUACGCCGAGCGCCGCCGAGCGUGUACGCCGAGCGCCGCCGAGCGUGUACGCCGAGCGCCGCCGAGCGUGUACGCCGAGCGCCGCCGAGCGUGUACGCCGAGCGCCGCCGAGCGUGUACGCCGAGCGCCGCCGAGCGUGUACGCCGAGCGCCGCCGAGCGUGUACGCCGAGCGCCGCCGAGCGUGUACGCCGAGCGCCGCCGAGCGUGUACGCCGAGCGCCGCCGAGCGUGUACGCCGAGCGCCGCCGAGCGUGUACGCCGAGCGCCGCCGAGCGUGUACGCCGAGCGCCGCCGAGCGUGUACGCCGAGCGCCGCCGAGCGGGCGCCGCGCCGGGCCCGCCGCGAGCUCAUCUACUUCAGGCAGAGAUUCAACAUACUCCAAGAGAUUCAUCAACUUGUCACAGUGACAUGA